CUUCAGCUGAUGUUGGUAAACAUGGAGGGCGACGAAUGUUUGCGAUUGUAGCGUUGCUCCUUUCUUUAGCUGACAUCGAUCAUCUUGACAGAAUACACGGAGAUCACAGUGAAAAUGGCAGCAGAAUCUCAUCGAAGGGGUCCAAAGUCAAGUGGUCUAGUCGUACGGCCACAAGGCGUAAUCAAUGACAAGUCCUACAUGGACAGUGUAGUUGGAUUUAUCAACGACGUUGUCCCCCAGGCCUACACCCAAGCACCGAAAACUGAAGAAAAAGAAACCAUCCAAUGGGUACAGUUUGCAUCUACAGAAAUUAAUGAUGGUAGCAUUGAGCACGGUGGGAGUGCUUCACCCCUUCUGCUUGUCAUUGGCUACGCGAACGGAGUUCAGAUUUGGUGUGUUCUGGCAAAUGGAGAAGCCCAGGAAGUCCUGUCCUGGAGGCAGGGGCCAGUUCGAGCGCUCAAUAUACUGCCAGCCCCUGAUUGUUAUGCUGGCAGUGAUAGCUUUGGACCAAAGAGGCCCCUUGUUGCACUCUGUGAUAGUUCCAGUCCAGGGCAGCAGUUUUGCUCUGUGAACAUCAUCUCACUGAAAACCAUGGACCAAGUUCACAGCAUUAAGUUUAAGCAACCAGUGCGAGAUAUACGGUCCAACAAGAGAGUCAUCAUUGCCACUUUCCAAGGGUGCAUUGCCGUGCAUAACGCCGGGAACUUCCGAGAACGUUUCUGGAUUCAAGGUUGCUUCCCAUCUCCAGGGCCAAACAUUAAUCCUGUAGCUCUUCACAGCCGGUGGCUAGCGUAUGGCGACAGAGCGUUGCUGCCAGUGCAUCAGACUCGCGGAGGAGCAACUGGUGACGGCACACAGUCAUAUACUGCGACGGUCAUACAUGCAGCCAAGACAUUCACCAAAGGUCUUACAAUCUUAGGGGAGACAGUAGCAUCAAGUUUAACUGGACACAAAGCGCCAUCUGGUGCUUCCAAUAAGAAGUGCGACAACAGAACGGGUGACAACCACGUUUCCGGAGUUGUCUCGAUCGUGGACACCAUGUUGGUCAGCGGAGGCCAGUUCAGCACGGAUGAAGAUGUCGAACCAGAAGGGCUCAUUGCCCACUUCCAGGCUCACCAGGGAGAGCCCCUGUCCGCCCUGCAGUUUGACCCGAGCGGAACCUUGUUGCUGACUGCGGACCGCUUGGGUCAUGACUUCCACUUGUUUCACAUCCUUCCGCAUCCUGGUGGACCAACAUUUGGGAUGGUGCACCACUUGUAUACUCUACAUCGUGGGGACACUACUGCCAAGGUUCAAGACAUAGCAUUCUCACUAGAUAGCCGGUGGAUAGCGCUGAGCACAAUGCGAGGCACUACACACAUUUUUCCAGUAACCCCUUAUGGAGGUCCCAUCACGAAAAGAACGCACGCAUCCCCACGAGUGGUAAACCGUCUCAGCUUGUUUCACAAAAGCGCUGGUCUAGAAGAAAUCCAGUCUGCUCCUUCUACAGGGAGGAACAGCCCCGUACUUUCAGGAAGCCCAAGCUCUUCAAGUUCCUCAACUUCCCUCGACAAGUACGGGAGCGGAGGACGAGCGGGCAGCCCACGAAUUUCGCUGUUCCCAGUCCCAACAACUGUGAUACCAUUGUCCCAGAUCAAACAGGGGGUUGGCUUCUCCGUGCCUAGCAUCGGGAAUCCCUCCCUUCCCAGGAGCCCGCCGGUUAGGGGGCGCCGUUCGAGCGGCUCGCAGUCGGCCGCGGAAACGUUUUGUGUAGCGGCAGCCUUUGCGCCGCCCAGGGCCUGGCUCGUCGGAAGCCCCAGUACGGCGAGGGACAAGAAGGCUGGUGUUCGUGCUCUAGAGAAAAAUCCUGUGGAUUCGCUGUUCAUCAUGAACUGCUCCGGCGUGCUCACGGAAUACAUCCUGGACCCUCAUUCAAGCGCAAAUGGGAAAAUUAGCGAGGAUACUUCGAUAGAACUGGAUGUUACAGCAUACGCACAGUGGAAUUUGCUGCGGCCGCUGUCAAGUCCAGAGACAAAGCAGCCUUUGAUCAGCUCUAAUCCACUCAUGGCUGGACAACAGCAGGCGACUGCGCAAUGGUCCUUCAAAGAUAUGAACGGAAUUCAUCAAAUGGGUGCAGAGUGUGGUGAUUCCUGGCGACAAGAAAAUGAUGAAAGCUGGCUGUCACAGGUGGAGAUCAUCACACAUGCCGGGCCUCAUCGAAGGCUUUGGAUGGGCCCACAGUUCACUUUCAAGACUAUAGCACCUUUCAUGUCAAGUUGUCAAGGAACAUCCCAAAGCCCCGAGAAAUAUACCACACUGUCGUCCGACAUGUAUCAGGAGGAGCCUGACUCACAAGGCUAUUGUGGUGCUACUUCAAACCCAGUGUCUGUGCCAGUGUCGAGUCACUAUGACAGUUCGAGACCCCCUUUGCUUAUCGAAGCAACGUCAGGCAGUUUUGAAGGGCCACCUAGUCUCCUAGAGAUUUGUAGCAACUGGUCAGACAGCUCGGGAACGUCAUCACAGGCCAAUGGGCAAGAUCAGCUCAUGGAACGCAUUGCAGAUGCCAUGAAUGAGUCACCAUACAAAGAACGACAAGCCGUACGCACACCAAGUGGAGGAGACCUCACUUACUUUGAAGAUGUGGGGUCACGGUGCAAUUCUGACGUAUCGCUCUACCACUCUCCGAGCCAGAGCACGGAGCAUCUACUUGUGUUCUCUCCUAACCAGCAAGACUCGAUAUAAAUGAAUAAUAGAAUUCUUCAACAGAGCUGACACUGGAAUCGCACAGACGUGAAAGAGAAAUUACGUGAAACUUCUGCUUCUUUGUUUGCUCGCAAGGGUGUUGCUUCUAUGUUUUAUGUUGAAUCCAACAUCUUAAAAAUACAUAGGCGAAAACCCGUAGCAGACCAGUAGUGACUGUGGUGGCAACAUCAGCACACCAUAAAGAUAUUUUAACAUUUUAUUGUUUUGACAACCUACGAGUGUGUGUGGGCAAUUCAAGAAGCUAUUGCAAAUGUCAUCUAAAGUCAUGCGCAACAUAUCUCUCCCAGCAGCGGCUACUCCUCACUCUCAACUUGGCCAAAGUAAAUUGACGUUCAAGUAAAAGAAAUGUUUUAGUUGCGGCACGGCACAUCCUUCACGUAGCACAAACUGAAGCAAAGGACAUUUUCAAACGUCCCGGAAAGCUCUUUAGUGUCUGCACAGACAGACAAUCGUCAGCUCUGUGUCCAAGCGGGCAACCGACACCAUUCUAAGGUGCUGCUUGCUGUGACAGUUUCCCCAGAUGGAUACUGAUAAUUGUCCACAGACACAUUAACAACAAGUGUAACAACAAGUGUAGGUUACGUAGUAACAUUCGCACAAGACUUUUGCAAUACCGUUAUGUAUGUGCACUUGCUUGAAAAUUCUGAAACCUGUAUCAUUUGAAGCUCGGCCAAAACCAAGUGCUGUUUCGAGAGGCAGGUGUAACUGCCUCACCAUUGGUCGAUAAACAUAACGUGGUUGCAUCUGAGGGCAGUGUUGUAUGCCAUUUCCAUUUUGGGAUACAUACGCAGUUUCGUUAACUUGCAGAGUGACAUGGACGUACCAUGCUUUUUCAAGGGUAAAUGGCUGGUGCCGUCAAGUUGUGCUGUACACAGUGACAGGCGUUCAGAUAUAGGUGCAGUACUACACGAACGGGAAGGAAUUGUUACUGAAGGCUGCAUAGCAUGCAAAGUGUAUUUAUAUUUGUUUUGUUGUUUUUGUCGUACAGUACUACUCUGUACAACAGUGUUAUUUUCCGUUUUGUUGUGUCGAAAUGGCUGGGAAGCUGUUGAACAAAAUGGAAUUUUCACACGCUAUCCUCAAAAUAAAUUAUACCUGUUUUACGAUUUAUGCCAGCUGUUCACAUUAUUGUAAAUAACGUGACUGUGUUUGUUACCCCUGUAUCUGUGUUUCGUACUACUUUUGUCCUACCAAACAGAACGAAAUGUGUUGGAUCUGACUGGAACCGAAAUUGCUCAAAUGUUGACACGGACAAUAAAAAUUAGAGAUGGGACGAAUCCAGAAUUUUCCGAACCCAAAUCCGAAUCCAAGGAAGGUUCUGUGAAUCCACGAAUCUUACGAAUUAUUUGAAUCUUUUCUUUAACAAGAGUUAAAACAGCCAGGAGGGGGAAAACAUAUCUACUGAAAAGUGUUUUGAAGCAGAAUUUGCUAUCUUUGUUUAGUGAAAAAUGGAUUAAAUAAUAGUUCAUUUGGAGGGGAAAUCAUACCCAUGAACUAGUUCUUACAUGUAAUUUAUUUAACGUGUUGUUCAUUGAAUACAGGAAAUUCAUAGACUCUUGAGUCUGAAUUCUCUCCAUAAAACUAAGGAACAAUAAAAAGCUAAACCAUGUUACUUUCAAACUUGUAAUGUAAGAGUUCCUGCCUGAACUCUUUCAGUCCAGAGCGAUGUAAGCAACCAAGAAAACACAGCUUAAAGUUUUAAAUUAAGGCAGAUUUUUGUUCAAAAACACCAGCAUUCUCACCCAGUCAGUGUCUACCCUACAGUGUUUUUUAUCAGCUAUGACACCCGGUGUGCUGAACAGUCUUUCUGACAUUACUGUUGAGGGGGUGUGCUCAGUAACUUUCCUCAAAUCGGGAUAUCUGUUGACCCUUCCAGUACUUGAAGAUGUCAGCAGAGGGGGCAAGAGCGGCUCUGACAAGCAGGCAUUGAUUUUGUCGAUUUUCAAAAGAAACAAACGUGGUUGGCGGAUUCGAAUAAUUCGAUUCGCUGUUUUGGUCACUAGGAUUCAAAUUCCAGAAUCUCGAAUCCUUGCCUAGGAUUCGGUUGGCCCAUCCCUAAUAAAAAAAUGAUGACCACAGACAACUCGAACAGCUAAACCACUAAGUAAAUAUAUCUAAUAAGUAUAAUCUUGUCAUCUUUGCAAUUUGCAUUAUCAAGUUGAUGGCUUGGCAUAGUACUUGUAAAGGGUCUUCACCAAAAGGGGUGCAUUCAAAGAAUUGUGUGUGUAAAAGUUUUGCAUUAACUUUGGACGCAAAAUAUCGGUGCGCUGAACCCCAAGUAAUUUGUACAGUGAUGUCCUAGCAGUGGCAAGUGAGUAGCACCUUUUAUAGCCCUGUCCCAGUCGAAACAAAAUGCAAAAGUCGUAAAAAAAAAGGGAAAGCAGACACCCUUUCAUCCCUAAAAAGUUUCUGCCAGGAGACGCUGCACACUUAGGCAUACUUGUGUCCUACAUGGGAGAUAGCGAGGUGUAUGAACGUGUCCUCUCUUGUGCAUUUCCAAUGGCAUGCUGGGGCCAUGGAACCCCUGUUAGAUGUUGUAUUCACUAAAAAAGUAGGCAGACCGCAAAUACAAGAUGCAGGAGAAAUUUUGUGAACGUUGUUGGUUGGCCGCAGAGGCACAACAGGUUAUGUGAUUUCAUAGGUGGUUCUUAUCACAGUAUUGAGCUGCUGAGAAUCCACAAUGGCUCCGCACAGAAUGUAUAAGGAGACGUUUCGCUCUCUGACUCGAAAUUCGACACAGCCGACGUCCUGCUCUGAUCCCUUGCAUUAACGUCGAUUACAGAGACAAGCUGGAAGAGCUUCGGUGCAUUUCUGUGUGGUUAACAUGGAGAAAGUAUUUGUUUCGGCAUGCUAAGCUGUUUUAAAGCGAUAGCUUUAUAGGGCACACCAGUGUCGACGGCCGUGUAGGUCCGUCCAUCACCACUGUGGAGACACUGUUAUCCACAACAUGCAUGUAGGGUUUGCUCGUAAGUUCAGUGUUUGUGCUCAAAGAAAAACUCUACAAAUAGAGGGAUUGCCAUCUCUGUAUUGGUGCCUUGCAAACCUCUUGCACAUUGCCAAAUGUGGUGUAGCAACAUCUGUACCAGGAACUGCUCCAUUUACACAUCAUGUUGCAUGCAUUCUGAACACUGUGCAAUUUGAGAAACCAGUACGUAGCUUGUGUUUAUAGCAGGGCAUAGUUUGUAGCCUGUACAUAAAUUGUGAAAGGCAAGUAAAGGCUCCCUUAUGUUGAAGCUCCA